AUGCCUCUUCUUGAGGUGUCACAUAACGUCAGGGAGCCAGAGUCAUCUGGACGGAAACGAAGUCACCAGGAGUUCUCCGCCGAGUCGGGAAAAGUUGAUCCGGCUGAAGAUGUUAAGAACAUCUUGCCCGUAAAUAUCCAAGAGCCGGAUGACUCUGUUGCAAAGCUAGAUAUCUCUGGAACCUCUACACCAGGGUCAGACUCAAAGCCCGCCACAGACAUGAAUCCACCGCCGAAACGGAAGCGCCUCACAGGCGCAGAAAAGGAAGCUCGAGAUAAGGAACUUGCUGAGAAAAAGGAAGUUCGAGAAAAGGAACUCGCAGAGAAAAAGAAAGAACGCGAGGAGAAAGCAGCAGCACAGGCCGCGGAAAAGGCUAAAAAAGAAGAAGAGAAAGCGGCACGAGCAAAAGAAAAGGAAGAAAAGCGAAAGGUGAAGGAAGAAGAGGAACGAGUAAAAGCCGACAAGAAACGAAAGAAGGAAGAGGAACUAGAGCGAAAGGCCAGAAGUCAGAAGACACUGGGCAGCUUCUUUAAGAUCCCGAAUACUCCCAAAAAAACCGAAGGAGAAGAUGUGGCCAAAGAGAAUAGCCCCGCAAAGGCCAACUUGUCGGUGGUCGAGAAACAAACAGUAUCGGAAUACUCCAAGAUGUUCAAGCCAUUUUUCGUCAAAGACAACACCCAAUUAGCACCGAUGGCAUCGCAGAUGGAUGAGACGACUAGGGAAACGAAGUCGAAGAUGUUGGACGACUAUAUCGCGAGCCAGAGCAGCGAAAAUGCUCCUCCAAAAUUCGACCCUCUAGAGGCAUUCUCAUUUUCCAGCCUCCCUGCUCCCCGUGGCAAACUGCAUCAGCCGGUCCGGCACCUGAUGGAGACAGCUUACAAGGCUUCACAAAAUGCAGGAAAGACAGGCAGUGCAGAUUCAAGUAAGAUCUUGACAGAAUUCCAGACCGGGCUGAGCAAAAUCCCCAUGAAAGUGAUUGCUUUCUCUCAGGAUGUGCGUCCGCCUUAUUACGGUACUGUAACUUUCAAGCCCUUUGCUCUUGGUAAAGGAAACAUGCAAAAACUAGCGCGAAGAUCAAUGGGCCGUCGACUACCACUCGACUACGAUUAUGACUCGGAGGCUGAGUGGCAGGACGAAGAAGAAGGCGAGGAUCUCGACCUAGAGGAUGAAGAGGAAGAGUUGGAUGAUGAGGAUGAUAUGGAUGGCUUCCUUGAUGAUUCCGAAGACGUUGGCCUCUCUAGAAGGGUGUUCGCCGAUACCAUGAAGCCCGAUAUUACGGGCCCAUGUGGUGCUGCUGGCUCCACCUCGGCCCCAGGUAAACUUGUCAAACCUGAGCUUCUGAACGAAAUCAAGAAGGCCAUCUUGGACAACAAGGCUCUCUCGAAAGUCGGCAUUGUUGACUUUAUCUUCCAUCAGUUCAAGGAUAGUGCUUCCCGUCUGGAAGUCAAGAACACAAUUGAGCAUGUUGCGGAAAAGAAAGGCACUGGUCGAACCAAGGAAUGGGAGCUGAAGCCAGGCCAUGAGAUUACUCUAUGA